AAUUUCAGUGUGUUCAUUGACCAUGGGCGAGGACAGCGACAAGCGUUCCUCGAAGCACAAACGAAGCCGCGACAAAGACAGCGGAGGAAAGAAGAAAAAACACAAGUCGAGCCAUGAACAAGGCAAAAGACGCAAACACAGCGAACGCGAUGCUCUUCACAUCACCGACGACGAUCCAAGUGACGAUAUGUGGGUGGAGAAAAACAUUGACCUCGACGGAGAGCGGGUUCUUGCUACGGAUAUUCCAACGGCAGAGAGCUUGAAAUUGACGUCUCGGGCUCAGGCCUCUGAAUCGGACCCAUCCCUGCCGCCGGCCUUGGUAACAGAGAGCAAAUUGAAACGUGACGACUGGAUGCUUGAACCGAUUUCGAGCAGCGCCGAACCUUCCAGGCCUCCCGCUCAACAAUUCCCCAUCACGGAUGAUUCUCUAACUGACGGCUACGGCGAGCCCUCAGGAAGUGGACGAACUUUUGGAGGUGCUGUUGACUUCUUCUCGUCUUUGGGUACAGAAAAGAAACGCAACAAACCAGAGAAACCGAAUGUAGAUGAACCAAAGAUUAGCUCACGAGAACUAAACCCCGAGCUCCGAGCUGGCCGUCCGGGUGACCAAAUCGUUGCAUCUGCACCCCCGCCUCCGAAAUCUAUUACUCCAGGUGGACCUGGGUCCAGCUGGCGUAUGAUGCGCCUGCGCCGAGUGUACGAAGCUGCGGAAGAGGAAAAUCGCCCCGUUGAGGAAGUAGCGUUAGAACGCUUCGGUACAGUGCAGGCAUUUGAAGAGGCCAAGGAAGAGCGUCGUAUCCUUGACGAACGUGAGGGACGACGCAGAGAGCAACGCUUUAUCUUCACUGACGUAGGGGCUAGUGGUGCAUCGAGCAGAAGUUCGUCGUUCCGCCGACCUGGCUCUACAAAUGGCAAUACGCCUGCCACACCAUCACCUGCUCCGCAAAACCCGCCUGCUAGUCGGCAGUUCGACUCCCUCCGUCUCCCGUCUCAAGCUGCGUCACCGUUCCAACAGUCGCAUACUCCGAUCCCAACGGUGAUGGCACCCUCUGUAGCUGCAGUGUCUACGAGUCGACCCAUGUCACCCUCAUCAUUAAAUAAAUUACAGGCAAAGGUGCUCCGUGCGAAGCUUAUGAAUGCGCCAAAUGCCGAACAGUUGGAACGAGAGUACGAAGACGAAUUACAUAGGGCGAAUGGCGAGCCUGGGGAACCGGUUGUUAGGACGAAAGUUGAGGUGCUUCCAACACUUGACGCUCGUGGAAAACUUUACGACGUUGGGCGUGGCGAAAACGAUGCAACCCUACCGCCAGGAAACCGGAAGAAAAAGGAGAAAUUCGAAACCCGUGACCCUAAGACAGGAGAAAUCGUGCGGUACAAUGCCGAUGACGACACGAUUACUCUGAGAGAGAUGUUGCGACAAGAACGUUUCGAAGCUGGUAUGACGGACCAGAAGAACUUGGAUGCUCAGUUCGCCAAAGCUAUUAUGGGCGACGGCAAGUUUGAAAACGACCUCGAGUAUAUGGACGAUAAUGCUGAGCGCCUCGGACGGCAAAAGAUGCGCUCUGACGCGAUGAAGCGACAAUUUGCUGUACAUGACUACAAGCGCACACAGAAAGUGUUAGCAACUUGUCCCUUCUGUUAUGGAGAAGACGAUUCACCCCCAAAAGCUCCGGUGAUCGCAAUGGGUACCCGUGCUUACCUUUCUUGCACGCUUACCGAGGAGCUACUAGAAGGUCAUUGUCUUAUCGUUCCCAUUCAGCAUCACUUGUCAAUGUUAGAAGCUGAUGACGAUGUUUGGGAUGAAGUUCGGAACUUCAUGAAAAGCAUUAUGCAAAUGUUUGCGGAGGAAGAGAAAGGGGUUGUUUUCUAUGAAACUGUGAUCAGUCUCAAGUGGCAGAAGCACACGUUUAUUGAAUGUGUGCCUUUGCCUUGGGAGCAAUACGAUGACAUUCCGCAGUAUUUCAAGCGACCCGGUGGUUUCAGGCGUGCCAUGGUCCCCAACCUCCCGUAUUUCACGGUUCAGUUCGACCACAAAGGUGAGCGUGGCUACGGACACGUCAUCGAAGGGACGGGCGAGUCCGCAGCCGCAGGUGAGGAAGACGGCCCCGUGGACGAAGGUGACAAGGGCGGAGGUGAAUUCCCGAGGUACUUUGCAGGCGAGAUCAUAGGCAAUGUGAUGGAUGUGGAGCCUAGGCGCUGGCGGAGACCCAGGAGGGUCGAGUUCCGGUAUAACAUGGACCGGAGAGCGCAGUUCAGGAAGAAAUAUGAUAAGUUCGACUGGACUGGUAUGAUUGGGAAAUAAGACGUUGCAGAUGUUCUUUGUGUUUUAGGACUGUGACUUGAGAACUUGUUACUUGACCAAGUGAGAGG